UUCUCCGCCACUCAACAUAAAAAAAAAGAAGUGAUAAGGACCGCGGGACGUAGGCUGAAAACUGAAGCCGUUCAGGACUGUUAUCUUGUGUUUGUGAUUUCUUUGGUUUUCGUGGUGACAGAAUCUCAGACACGCAGCAGAAUGGGAGUGUAUGAAGAAAAAAAAGAAACCUGUGGUACCAUCUGCUUGAAAUAUCUCCUGUUUACAUUCAACUUUCUGUUCUGGCUGGCAGGGGGUGCUGUGAUGGCAGUGGGUGUUUGGACCUUGGUAGAGAAGAAUGACUACAUCAGCCUUCUCUCCUCCAAGACUUAUGCUGCCUCUGCCUACAUACUGGUCCUGGCUGGAGUGAUCGUCAUGGUAACAGGCUUGCUGGGUUGCUGUGCUACCUUCAAGGAACAUCAGAAGUUACUGCAAGUGUACUUUGUCCUGCUGCUGUGUAUCUUCCUGUUGGAGGUCCUGGCUGGCAUCCUUGCUUAUAUCUACUAUCGACAGUUGAAUGCAGAAUUGAAGCAGAACCUGAAGGAGACUAUGACCCAGAAAUAUCAGCAGGAAGACCAGGAGCACAUCACCGUGGCUGUGGACAAACUGCAGCAGGAGUUCAAGUGCUGUGGGAGCAACAGAUCAUCUGACUGGGCUGAGAGUGUCUGGAUCCGGUCCAGAGAAGCAGGGGGUCGGAUGGUACCUGAUAGCUGCUGCAAGACGCCAACUGACCACUGUGGGCGCCGAGACCACCCCUCCAACAUUUACAAAGUUGAGGGUGGGUGCAUUACGAAACUGGAGAACUUCAUCCUGGACCAUCUGAAGAUCAUUGGGGCGGUGGGUGUCGGGAUUGCCUUUGUACAGAUCAUAGGGAUGGUGUUCACAUGCUGCCUGUACCAACGCCUAAAGGCCGAGCCGUACUGAGGGGUGACACGCAGCUUCAUCAUCACAGAGCACUCACUUACCCUUCAGAGGAUUUCGGCUUGGUAGACAAAGGACAGGUUUAGUUCAGUGCUUAAGAACUCAAACCGCAUCAUCAUCAUCAUCAUCAUCAUCACAGAGAUACCAAAAAAACAGAACGGUUAUCACGGGGCUGUAAGGGACAAAUUAAGACAAAGUGCCUCUGUGGGACAGACGCUUGUGUCUUCCUCCCCACUGGGUGUCGUGAACACUGAAACCACCACUCUGUACCAAAUGAUAAUCAAACUUCUUGUUUUCCAGCUGCUGGUUUUAACUGCAGCAUGUGAUGUUUCCACCUUAACUGUCCACUUGCACAUGUUCUGUUUGUUUGUUUGUGGCCUUUUAAACCUUCCACUUAUUCUUCUGUUUUUACAUUUGUGUGUCUGUUUCUUUUUACUCACACUGGAGGUUUGUUCUUAUGGGACUGUAUCUGCCGCAUUUCUAAUCUGUAUGAAGGGAGAACAAAGAGCGCCACCUGUAUUAUAUUGAUGGGUUUUUAUAGAACUGAUUCCACACACUAAUUAUCUGUAAUGACCUGCUGUAUUUAAAAAAAAGAGCAUUUCCAACCUGAGUCAUGUAUCUACUGAUGUCUCUUUUUAGAUGAUCUUAAAUGAUUUUUUUUUUAGUUUUCUAUAGACUGUAUAUAUAUAUAGAUAGAGAUAGAUAAUUGUGUUUAACAGACAAGGGUUAAAAAAUGAUACUCAGUGUUGUGUGGUUUUUUUUUUUUCCCCUCACGUUUAAAGGUGUAGUCCUCUUUGAUUAUCCUCAAAUUUGGCAAAAUUGACUUCAUGCUGAAAUGUAACUACUGUCAUAUACUUCAUUUCUGUGGUUUAUUGCGAACUUCCUGAUAUUUUGGGGGAUUCCACGGCAGAUCUGAUCAGUUGACUUUGAGAGGUCUUGCAGACAACAUGAAUAAGAAGUGCAUGUGCACAUGUAUUCAGUGGGAACAAUGAAUUUCUUUAAAGUUUUGGAAG